CCGUCCGUUCGUUUGUGUCAAUCGAUCAUUUCAGGAAUUGGUGCCGCGGAAUUGUUCGUAUAUAUCUCGGAUACGCGGCUACCUCGAACCUCAAACGAAUUAUCCAAGAGGGAACCAGAGGAGACGCGUGAGUGCCACGCGCGUGUUUACGCGCGUACUCACGUACGUGCACGAUACAUCGUCGAAGGUGAAGUGAGAGAAGAGCAUGGUAGUUGCCAGGCGGCGAGGCUUGGCGAGGCUAGCGCGUACGAGGAUCGAGGAUUCUCUCGCGCGUGAACCUCGUGUUCCCUCCGUGUUUCUCACGGCCAGGCUGGUGUGAGACGUAUGAGAGUCUCGUGGUUCAGUUGAGAUGCAACGAUAUCGCGGACACGCGACGACGACGCAACGACAGUUUGCUGUGUGAUUCGGCCGCUCGAGAAACGACCGAAGAGUGCUUUCAGCGUUUCAGGUUUGCCACAGACGACGAGGACGAGGAGUGGUGGGCAGGAGGAAGGAAUUCCUUGCAGGGAAUCCCCGAAGACACGCCGGAACUAUGACGAGAUAACAGAUGCAGAAUGAAACGCAGCAGUGGUAACCUGUUCGGUUACGCGGUCCUCACCUUUACUCUCACUCGCCUCAAGGUGCAUGCGGAAGGUGGAGUUGCCUGCAAAGACCAGCAUGGGCACUCUUACGAAAGCGGCUAUCAUUAUAUUCCUGGACCCGAACCGUGCACCUUCUGCGUUUGUGAUAAUGGCAAUCCGAAGUGGUGCAAAGCAUUUAUCUGCAAAUUUCUCGAGGAGAACUGCAAAUCUUUCCGGCGAGGUAGUACCUGCUGUGAAUUCAUUUGUUUGGACGACACGUUGUCAUCGAUAUCCAACGACAAGGCCGACGAAGCAGGAACUAAUGCGAUAGAUGGGAACGCGAAUUACGAUAUAGGUCUACGUUCGGUCGCCAGUUUCGUAACAGCAAUAUUUUCACUGAGUCUGCUAUUUUUUUUGAUACACCGUCUACGCCAACGUAAGAUACAAGUUUGUGUGGCAGGUCGAGAAAACGGACAACUCGGAGAAGACCAAAGAAGCUUAGGUAAUAUGGGAUAUCUGGAAAGGGGCGGGUUACCUCACGGGGUUCCUAUGGAUGACAUACCUUGCGGGACAGGUUAUUCUCUAUGGAAACCGCCCGGCAGCAACUACUUUCCGCGCGGUGAAGCGCCUCCGCCUUAUGAAGAGGCGAUUGCGGCUGCGAGGGCAGAGCAAGCAUUGUUGUCGAUAAAUCCGCACACGCUGUUGUCAAUGAACUUCUCCGAUAAUUAUAUGCCAAGCACUAACACUCACGCGAGUAUGGCGAUUGUUGCGGACGCGCAAAAUGAUUUGACUGCGAACACGCAGACGUCCAAUGAUAGCAAUAUACAUACACCCUUAAUGUCUUCGAUGAGCAGACCACUGUCUAGUCCUGGCGCGUACGCUAGCGGCAGUUAUCGGCCAAUAAGCCAGAGUAGCGCGUCGUCCACUGUCGGUUUGAACAUGAGCACUACCACGAGCUUUACGAUAGGAACGAACACGUAUGAGAAUUUACCAAUCUCAUCAAUUGCCAUGACGAGUUUCAAUGAUAGUACACAACCACUGCAUUCCGCAACCAGUGCCAACACGCAACCACUGUUAUCGAUAUCGCAUUCUACCAUACCUAAGAGCUAUCGCCAACACACGACGAUGUUUCCACGGCAGAACAACGGCGGCAGCGGCAGCGGGAGCGGGAGCAACAGUGGUGAUGGUGGCGCAUUCACAAUAUCAGCAACUUUAUCGAAUUCGGACGUGUCCUCCCAUCGUACAAUUCCGCGAACAUUGACUUGUGCUAACAGAGCGAAGGACAUCUUGAACGAUUGCUCGACAAGGGAUUAUCUUCGUUUAUCGCCAAACAACAUCGCGGCACCUCAAAGUCUAACGCAUUCUAUGCAACUGUCUGCAGCUGCGGUCGCGAUUCCGGACAGUUACAAGAGUACCGAAGACUUGGACACAUUUCGUACGGACCCCGUGGCAUCGGCAUCCAAUGUAGCGCAAUCGGAAAUGUGUACCGCGGACACGAUGAAUAUAUCCAAGAGGAGUUGCAAUUACACGCCUUCGCUAGGUAUAGCCAAUGAGAUCAACGCGAGCGGUAGCUUUGAAUCAGUAACGUGCACUUGCAGCAUACAGGCGUUACCCACUCUUCACGACGAUACGGACGAUUAUCGGAGCGAGUGUGAGAAUUGUAAGAGCGCAACAGGCUCUCGUUAUUACUUGGAUAAUGAGGAUGAGCUUGUCACGUCCCUUCACGAAACUAUGACACUGCACAGAAGACCAGACGAAGCAACAUCAAGUGCCACACCACAAUAUUAUAGAACUUCACUUACACUGCCGACGAGUACGCGCCAACGUACAAGGAUUACUGGAGCUCGUGAGAAUUGGUUCAAUACCAUGCCAGAAAGUUCUAGCGGAUCAUCAGAUGAAAAUUAAGUAUUACGGAAAAAAUAAAGAAAUAUAUUCAGUGCGUAAAUAAAAUUAUACACGCACACACAAAUACAUAGAAUAUGUUACAUAACUAUUAAAAAAAAAGAAUUUUACCUAUACAGAAUGUCUCAGAAUUACUGCGCCUCUCCCUUCUGAUAAGACUGUUGGUCUGUUAAAUGUUGGCGCAGCAUUUGUAAUUUUCGCACCAUAUGUUGCAGUUUGAGGUUAAAAACAGUCAGAUUUGUUAUGUAACAUUGGCUACGGUUCACUUAACGCUGCAAAUGCUUCGAAGCAUUCUUCUUGGAUUGUUCAAUCUGUAAAAUUCUUUGCUCCCAUUAGUUAUUCAAACGCUUCGAAGCAUUUAUAGCGUCAUAUAGAUCGUAGCUGUUAUAAUGCAUUAUAAGGACAGCUCUUAGCGACAGCUCAUUAAAUUUUUUCAUUCCGUUUGUCACGGUCUUGAGUCUUUCAAAAUUCUUAGCAUUUCUACUCUUUCCAUGUAACAUCUCUGAGAGAAACGGUUAGUUUUUGAGACAUUCUUUAUAGUAUUCAUCAUAAUUAUCAUAAUCGUCACCAUUGUCGUCGUCAUUAUUAUUAAAAAUAUCAAAGGCACGCGAGAUUUUAUUGUGAACGAAUAUUCAUAGCCUGAGAUGCAUUGAUUAAGAAUCAGUACAGCAUUGUAAUCCUUGGUGGAAAAUUUUUAUGACAUUUUACUAAAAAAUUUUGAUUCAAUUUUAAUGGCAUUUUUAAAAUUUUCAUAUUUAUUUUAGAACAUUUUGAUCAAUGAUUUUAUCAAAAUUUAAUGACAAAUUCAUUAAUUUAUUAAAAUGUCAUUAAUUUAGCAUUAUAGAGUAUCUGCGAUUUUUUAUUGCAAUUUCUUUAUAUCCAAAGUUUAUUACAAUUUUAAUAAAAUUUCUUUAUUUUCUCAUUAAGUAGUAUUGAUAAUUUUUCAUUAAAAUUUUAUUACAUUAAAUUCUCAUUAAAAGUUUUCUGUUUUUCAUUAAACAUCAAAAAUGAACUCAGCGAAAUAUAACUAAAAUUUUGUUCCAUCUUCAUUAAUUUCAUCAAAUUUAAUGAAACAUCAAGUUCAUCGAAAUUUUAUUAACAUGUUUUCUACCAGAGAUCUCUGAGAGAAGUACAGGGUGCACCAGUAGAAUUCGGACAAUUUUCAAAUUAAAAUUUUCGCCAUAUAAUAACUUGUGAGCCGGCAACUAAAUAGCAUUCAAGUAAGUCCCUCAUCCAUUGGGAAUAAAAACAUAAUUUUCUCAUGGUCGAGCUGGUUAAGCAGUGUCCAGAAUAUAACCAAAGAGCUCUGCUUGUUGAAAAUCUUCGCGCUGGACGUACUAUAUUCGAAAUAAUAAAAUUCUCCGAUUACGAAGGGUCCGAAGAAGGUUCUUAGACGGCCACUUAGUGCAGAAUCGACUCUUCGAAAACAUGAGAAUGUAUCGGAGUAAGAAAUUUUGGUCUGCUAACAGCCCGGACUGUAUCCGCUGGAUUAUUUGCGUAUGCAGCGUGUUUGAGGGGCACUCUAACAAGACUCGACUUCCUAACGUUGCAUCGUUCGCGAGUAUGGUGAAGGAAUUUUUGACAAAGGCAUGCGUGCCUUUCUGGCCCAAAAUUGAAGCGGUCAUGAAGUAGAGGGGGGGGGGGGCUAUAUAGAAUAAAAUUAUUUUUUAGGGAUGCUCUAAUCCAAAUAUAAAAAUAUUUUUCAUGCGAUUGUUAUUUUUUAUUAAAAUAAAUGAUUCUGAAAACUCACAAUAGUUUUUUCUGGAUUCUACUGGUGCACCCUGUAUUUCUGCAAUAUUUUUAUGCUGUAGCAGGUAUAGGCAUUUAUAUACGAAAAUAUCGCGAGCCUUUGCUUUAGAUAUGAGUCAACCAUUAUUGUCAUUAUCAUUGACUACGUCUACACGGUCCAAUUUAUACAGAAGUUACAACAUCGAUGUUUUAAAACUGGCCAAUCAUAAGUAUUCCUCUGAAGAAUGAUCAUCUUGGGCUUAAAUCGAGCCGUGUAAACGUAGUCUAAGUUUAUUUUAUCUGCAGACAAAGAGAUAUUCCAUUUCUCACAAGGGAUUAUACAGAUUUUAACGAUAGAUCUUCAUUGUAAAAAAUAGAAUAAAAUUCAUAUCUGUAUAUGUAUAUGAUAUUAGGAUAGCCAUAAAAAUGUAACAAGUCAUGAAAUUCUUUCUUUCAUGAAAAAUGUCUAAAAAUAACGCGAGGUUCUUUUUAAUGUAUAAAUUACAGUGUAUAAUUUAUACGUUUAUUGAUAUACAUACACACACACACACACACACACACACACACACAGACACGCAUACACACACACACACAAACAUACAUACAUAUGUGUGCGUGCGUGUGUGUAUGUGUGUGUGUGUGGGGGGGGAGGGGUAAAUUGGACCUAUUUGCAGAUUUCGCUCUCUAUAAGGUGCAAAUAAAGUCCGAUCAUAAAGGUGCCAUUGGAAAUAUAAAUUUAUUUUCCUUUAUUUUUGCUUCACACCAUUUUGACGUAUUUCUCACCUGUGUUGAAUUAUAAUGGAAAAUGUAGAAACGUUUUUUUUGUCUGAUUUGCAACCAGUGCACAGUGAUUCCAAAUUUAACCAUCUCCUAGUCCAAAUCAGUCACUUCUAUUUUUACCGACUGUUACAUAGAAUUUUAAAAGAUUUAUAUAUAUAUAUAUAUAUAUAUAUAUAUAUAUAUAUA